AUGAUCGCUUACCAGGCAUCGCAGAGGGCUCUGAACAACGAGCCAUACACUGACGACGUGAAACUGCUGGAAAAAUGCAUUAGUGUUCUCGAGUACUGUGCGAUCAAAGACACGCUUGCUGGCAGGUUUCGUAACAUUCUUGCAGCUCACAUGGGGAAGCUGCAAGAUUACAGAUCUCAGACAAGGGAUGGUGAAGAGUUCGCGACGCCCCCGACUUCUCUGGCGAGUGACAGCCUCUUCUUCUUUGACCGUGGUUCAUCUGAGCUUCACACAGCAGUUUUUGACUUACUUCGCCUCAUACAUCGCCCAUUCAGUGGCCUGAAAGACGUCGCGACAAAGAGUACUCUCUCGAAUCGCGCCGAGACAACUAUGGGCACCCACCUUGAGUGGGAGUACGAGCUCAAAAACAGAGACGAUCCAGAAGUACCACCGAACGUAGAUGAGGAUCGGAUUCAGGAAGUUGCGCGAGGUAAUCACACCCAUGCGCUAUUCCAACGCCUCGACGUCCAGGAUGAACCCAGCAUCACAUCAGCCUUCAACACCAUCCGUGCUAAGCUUCGUCAUCCGAUCCGGGGGCUCGUCUCCUGCGCCGCCAUCUCCGGCGAAAGCGAUGCUUGUUCGUACCCCAUCGACACGUUUCGUACAAUCCUCGAUAUUAAUAUCUCCGGCACCUUCCUCAUCGCCCGUGCCGUAGCGAACGAAUUGCACAACGCCAAGCAAUCGGGAAGCAUCGUCCUAUUCGCCUCGAUAUCGGGUCACAUUUCUAACCACGGAAUCAACACUGCCGCGUACAAUGCUUCGAAAGCGGCAGUGCAUCAACUUGCUCGAUCGCUUGCCGCCGAAUGGGGUCACCCACAGAACACUUUUCCCGGUAGCACGGUCACGGCAACAAACCCAAAUCCCAGCCAAGAGCCACGAAAAGCUUAUCCGCCGAUCCGAGUGAAUACCAUCAGCCCCGGUCACAUUGACACGCCUCUGAGCGCGGAAGCGCGGAAGAGGGGGUUGACGGACGAGUGGGCGAAACAGAAUAUGCUGGGGCGAAUUUCGGUGCCCGAAGAGUUUCGAGCGCCGGUGCUGUUCUUGCUGAGUGAGGGAAGCAGUUAUGUCACUGGUUCUGUAAGCUGA